GGAGCGGCAGGGGCGCUGUGGGGCGCGGGGCGCGCCCGCCGGGCGGGAGUUCCGCCCGCGCCGCCGCCGCCGCCGGGAGCGGAGCCGAGGGGAGCCGGCCGACAUCGGGCCGGGGUCGGGCCGCAGAUUUUGCCUUCCCCUCGUGCUGGCUUCCCUCCCUACGAUGGCUACAGGUGAAGAGAUAGCCCCUGCCCUGCAGGACUCAUGGGGGGACUUCUGGCUCUUCCGUUUCUUUGUUAAUGCUGCUGGCUAUGCGAGUAUUGUGGUACCAGGCUUCCUCCUUAUCCAGUACUUCAAGAGAAGGAACUACUUGGAGACAGGCCGAGGCAUUUGCUUCCCUGUCAUCAAAUCAUGUGUGUUUGGCUCUGAGGUGAAGUCUGUACAUCAGGACGAUGGCUCCCUGCCACCCCGAGCAGAGCCCACAGAGUCCUCCACAGCCCGACAGGUCUUCAAGCUGUUCUGCUGUGCUGCUGGUCUACAGGCUUCCUACCUCACAUGGGGUGUCCUCCAGGAGCGUGUAAUGACGAGAACGUAUGGUGCCACUGAAACAGACCCUGGUGAGAAGUUCAAGGACUCCCAGUUCCUCGUCUUCAUGAACCGCAUCCUGGCCUUCACAGUGGCUGGUCUGUACUGUGCCCUGACCAAGCAGCCACGCCAUGGGGCUCCUAUGUACAAAUACUCCUUUGCCUCCCUCUCCAACAUCCUCAGCAGCUGGUGUCAGUAUGAGGCACUCAAAUACAUCAGCUUCCCCACCCAAGUGCUGGCCAAGGCCUCCAAAGUGAUCCCAGUGAUGAUGAUGGGCAAGUUGGUGUCGCGCAAGAGUUACGAGUACUGGGAGUACCUGACUGCUGCCCUUAUCUCCGUGGGGGUCAGCAUGUUCCUGCUCUCCAGUGCUCCUAACAGGACGGUGUCCACUGUCACCACUUUCUCUGGCAUAGUGCUCCUAGCUGGCUACAUAAUCUUCGACAGCUUCACCUCCAACUGGCAGGAUGCUCUCUUCACCUACAAGAUGUCUCCUGUGCAGAUGAUGUUUGGCGUUAAUGUCUUCUCCUGCCUUUUCACCGUGGGCUCGCUCUUGGAGCAGGGUGCCUUGCUGGAGUCGAUGCGCUUCAUGGCCCGCCACUCGGAAUUCACCGCCCAUGCUGUGCUGCUCUCUGUGUGCUCUGCCUGCGGCCAGCUCUUCAUUUUCUACACCAUCAACCAGUUUGGGGCAGCUGUCUUCACCAUCAUCAUGACACUCCGACAGGCCUUUGCCAUCCUCCUCUCCUGCCUCAUCUAUGGGCACACUGUCACUGUUGUGGGUGGGCUGGGCAUAGCUGUUGUCUUCAUGGCCCUCUUUCUCCGUGUCUAUGCCCGCAGCCGCAUGAAGAAGCGCAGUAAGAAGCUCCCGCUGGGUGAGACCCCUGUACAAAAGGUCUAAGGAAGCUGAGGCCAUGGCAUUUAAGCCAUGCCCACUGUCUUGCCUCCACUCGAGGGUAUUUGCUUGAUUUCUCAGAACUCACUGAGAAGAGUGGGGUAUGGAUAGGCAGGACCAGUGACUCAGUUUUCCUGGGAAAGGGGCUGGAACAAGCCCAGGAAAUGCUCUGGGCUGACACAGCUCCAAACCUUUCCAUUUGCCUUAAUAAGUCAAAGACUUAGAGCCAAGGCACAGGCCUGGGGGCACACCAGCAUGGGGCUGCUGGUAUUCCAGCCCCACCUCUGUCCUGUGGCUUCUCCCACAAAGUCACUGAUGAACAAGGGAAUUCUUCCCUGUCACUGUAUUAGCCUCUGGCUAAUGCUCCUCCAUUUCUGUUAGUACUACAGAGCUUGGCAGAAGGAAAGGGCAAGCAAAACACUAGGUUUCUUUUUGAAACACCCCUGAGUGAGGCAUGCCAAGCUGGGCCCAUCAAAGGGUGGAGAGUGCUCUUCCUGCAUUCCAGGAGAGGCUCUGGGUGGUACAGGUACAGCCAAGGGAAGGACUCCCAGCCUGUCCUACCCCAGGCCUGGGAUCUGCUCUGGGAGGACACUGCAAUGAAAGCCAGUGUCUCCCAGUUUGGUUUUAUCAAUUCUUUGCCCCUGCUCCAAGACACUUUUCUUUGCUCCCCUCAGCCCAGGCUGAUUUCUAUGCAGCACCUGAGCUGGACAGUUCCAAGGCUUGCCAAGUCCUUUGAGGUUGCUUUGUGGCUACAUCUGCUGCUGUUACAGGCCAAAAGCUGCACUGCCCAGAAGCCCCAGCACCACCUUGGGGUGGACCUUGGGGUCCCUCAGUGCCAUGGUUUCUGGGCUUUGUAGUUGUGAUUCAGACAAGCACAAACAACCCCUUCUUUUCCCUGUCACCUGGAGACACCAGCCCUGGUUUUCCUAGGGACUGGCCAGAGUCUGUGCCUGGAGGGUCGGGACAUGGGGCAGAGCCUGCUUGCAGUGCCUUGUUCCUGCUCCACAGACAGCAGGGGAUGGAGCAGUGAAAGCUGGUCUUCCCCAGAAGCCUGGGUUUUAUUGGUCAAUCCUUUUCUCAUCAACACAACCUGACUGACAAACCCCAGCAAGUUUUCGUACUUUUGCAAGGCAACUUUUUUCUCUUUUUAUUUUAUUAAAUUAAAAAUAUGCUGCAUAUAGUGCCAUGGG